AGACUUCCUGAUGAUGGCUGCAGAGAGUUCUUUCAUUGAAGGAAAAAAAACUCCUUUUCCAUUGGCAUUCCAAUGAGACUCAUUAAGGUUGCAGAGGGGCAAGCUGCAGAUAACCACAGUGCAGUGAGGCAAGAGGUACAUUGUCUCACUGUCCUUUGCAGCAUGAGCCCAGUCCUUGUGGUGAGGAAGAUCAAGGAGGAAAAGGAGCAGAGGCUGCUGCAGAUUAGAGCUGAGGGAACAGCUGAAUGAGUUCUUCAUCAUUAAGGAGAGUUUCCUGCUUUACUAUGCUGAGAGUGAGAAGAAGAGCUUUGAGAGCAAUAAAUACUUUAAUAUCCACCCCAAGGGUGUCAUACCCCUGGGGGGCUGCAUUGUGGAACCCAAAGAAGAGCCCAAUAUGCCUUAUGCCAUAAAGAUCUCUCAUGAAGACUUCCAUGGUAACAUCGUUCUAGCAGCUGAAUCAGAGUUUGAGCAGGCUCAGUGGCUGGAGAUGCUGCAGGAAUCUGGAAAAGUGACCUGGAAGAAUGCCCAGCUGGGAGAAGCCAUGAUUGAGAGCCUGGAAGCCCAAGGACUGCAGCUGGCCAAGGAGAAACAGGAGUAUGUAGAUAAACUGAUGGAAGAAACAGAAGAGUUGUGUCUGCAGAGGGAGCAGAAAGAGGAAUUGGAACGUCUGAACCAGGUGCUGGAGGCAGAGAAGCAGCGGUUUGAAGAGGUGGUACGGGAGCUGCGGCUGGAGCAGGAGCAGAUCAGGCGGGAGCUAGAGCUCACAGCCCGCUCCCUUAAUGGAGUGGAGCAAGAAAAGAAAGAGUUGCGAAGCCUGACUCAGUCCUUACAGAAAAACCUGGAGGAGCUUUCCAUGGAAAAGCAGCAAAUGUUGGAGAUGUUGGAAACAAAUGAAAGCCCACCUUCAACCAGUCCUAGCGAGGAGAAAAGCCCCAGCUGGGGGUUGCACUGCAGCCUGCAGCAGAUUGAAGAGAGGAUGCAGCAACUCCUGGAAGAGAAACUUCUGGCAGAGAAGAGGAUGAAGGAGAAUGAGGAGCGGUCCCGAGCCCUGGAGGCGGAGCGAGAGUUUUACUCUUCCCAGUCGCAAGCGCUGCAGAACUCACUCUCAGAGCUGACUGCGGAGAAGCAGCAGACAGAGAGAGACCUCAAGGCUGAGGUGAAGGUGCGCAUGGAACUGGAAAAGAGACUGAGGGAAGCUGAGGAAGCAUUGCAGAGCUUGGAGCAAGGCUUAAAUUCUUUGGAUCGUAACAAGGAGAGGGAGGAGAAGAUGAAAGCAGAUGUCAGUAAUCUGAGAAAGUUCUUCGAAGAGUGCAUCCGCAAUGCCGAGCUGGAGGCCAAGAUGCCUGUGAUCAUGAAGAACUCUGUGUACAUCCACAAAGCUGCCACUCGUCGCAUAAAGAGCUGCCGCCUUCACCGCCGGAGAGCCAGCGCUUCAUGGAAUGACUUGAAGCAGUCCCAGUCCUUCAUCAUCUCACAUGCAGAAGCUGAAAACAUCGAGGAGCUGAAAGAGGCAGCCAAAAGACUGAGCCGUCACCAGCACUUCCGUGAGACACUCUAUCAAAUCAUGAGAUCACACAAAGAUUCAUCAUCAGGGGAUGAAAAGUGACUCUUGUUGAGAGGGGACUUCUAAUCUCAACUUGCCAUUCAGCUCUGCAAACACUAAGCAGUCAGGCAUUAGGGUUCAGAAGGGAGUUGCGUCCUUUGGUGAGGAAGAUGGUGGGAAGUUGUGUGUAGGCAGUUCCCUCAAGUAGUGUUGCUGCUUUAGUUUGGAUGCUCUCUGUGGUCUGGCAGACCUUCCUUGCUGAUGACUCUGGGUCAUGCCUUUUUGCUUCAGCUGCUUACGUUAAGCCAUGUUUUGUCAAGAUACUGCAGCUGGUGUUAACGUGAAACACUGGCCUUAGCUUAGGAAGUGCCUCUUCUUUGCUGCCUAGUCUACCUGCUAAAAACAGGUGCUUCUGAGAAAUCCUUCCUCAGCCACCCAGCUACACUCAGCAGCCACCCAACUACACUCAGUGUAGCCACCCCCAGCUGGCACAAUUUAACCUGUUCUACCUAAUGUCCUCUAGGAAACUGCCUCCUCAGUAUAGAGCAUAACAUCAAAUACAAGGCGAUCUUAUGCUGCAGCAACAUUUUAAGUAGAGAGAGAACAGCGCGAGGUGAAGCCAACCUGAGGAUUCUCCCCAUGGCAGGGGAGAUGGAACUACAUGAUCUUUAAGGACUCUUCCAACCUAAGCUGUUCUACAGUUUGCCUCCAAAAGCAUCACGUGCAAAGAUCUCCUAGAAAACUCAGUAGCAUCAGUGCAAGGUGGAGGGAAGGCUAUGCUGUGCUGACUGUAGGCAGAACAUCCUGGGGACACUUUUUCAUCAAGACAGCUGACUAUGCUGCUGUCAGGAGGAGGAGAAAAGGUCUGUGCAGAAAAUGGUAGGCAAGUUCAGUGUGGAGUAGCCUUGACUCUGAUGGUUUCCUCAUCACCUCAGGAAAACAAGCUUAAGGACAGGUGAGUGGAGUGAGAACUGUUCAGCAAUGACACCUACUACCAUUUUGCAAAUUAAAUGUUGUCAGCAGCAAGAGGUUAGGGCUGAGGAGUUGGGGAGAUCCACUUCAAUGUGUACUGCAGCAAAUAGCCCUUACCCAGCACUUUGUACUGCUCUCUGCCAGUCCUUUUAAUUGCAGCCCAAGCUAUCAUGGUCUAGCCUGGACCUCCAGCAAGCCAAGGCUGGAAUGGGAGAGGUCCUGUGUACAGCUUAAUCAGAAGUGGGCUCCUGGCUGGCCUGUGGUCUCUCCUCAUUGUUCACCAUGAGGUUGUCACAGUGGAGUAUUUAGACUGGAGUUGGUUACCUUGUGUUUUACAUGAGAGGAAUGGCUUUGUUGUACAAAUCUCUCCUUUAUAAAAGCAGCUGGCUAAUAAUUAUCCACACUAUAGUAACUGCACUGCUUAGUGCUUACAGAGCACAUGGCAAGCACGCUCAGUGAUACUUGAUCCCUGUGAUAUAAGUCAGAAAACAGAGAUGUAAAACAUACAAAGGUGAUGAUGCUAAAAGCAGAGCUUGCUUAGGGCUUAGCUGCCAGAGUACUGGGGCUCUUAGGUCUGUACCCCUGGGUAUUACAUGUGCCCUUUUUGUCAAGUGACUGGGGUGGCUGUUUGCAUAUUCAGGCUUUGUUUCUGGGCACCAAAGUCAUUCCCUUCCAAUCCCGCGCUGCUUCUAGGGUGAACUUAGGGGUGAGAUAGGGAAGGGACCUUAUCCUGUUGUCAUCCAUGGGAGUGGCACUGAUGCUGGUGGAGGGUGCAAAGUGUGAUAUGCUGAGAGCUUCUAGAGGGGACUGUGUGACCAGAGGAUAAGCACUGAAGGCAUGGUCUCUCCAUUUCAGCCACUUAUUGACCACUGUCCUCCUGCUAGAUAAUGGGAUGCUUUAAAAAGCCAGAGGGCUCAUCACAGAGGGCUGCUAGUUUUACAGUGACAGGUGAUGGGACAGGAGAAUAAAAUUUACAUCCCUCCUUAGCAUACCUGGCCUUUUUGUGCUUUUCCUAUUCCAGCUUGCAUGCUAGAAGGCCAGAAAUUAAUUCUGGUUCCCAGAAGGUUGAAGAGUUAAGAAACAAAAGCGGAGCUGGUUUUCCCCUUUGCAUUGUCCUAUCAAACUCUCAGGCUAUUUUCCAGUUGCAAUUUUUUUUAUCAUGUAAUACUGGAAGAUGCAGUGAAAAGUACAGCCAGAAUGUGUACCUGUAAUCAAGGCAGUUAAAAAAACCACUUGGUGGCUUGUGAAUGCAACACUUUGAUCUAUUACAAUCAGAUGCCACAAUAUCAUAAUUUACAGAAGUAUUGUACUCAGGAGGUAGUCACAUCUGAUCUUCCUUUACUGCAUAUUGACAGCAAUAAGUAAAUAAAAAACGGAUA